GUGAGAGUACCCCUUGUUGCUAAAGCCAGUCGUCUGCCGUACAGGCUGUCUAUACAGCAUGGCGGAUCAGACGGAGAGGGCGUUCCAGAAGCAACUGGGAGUGAACAUCGGGUUCAAGAAGGCAGCUAAGAAGAUUCCAGGAAAGUUUGGCCAGAGGUACUGGAAGAACGUUGGCCUGGGUUUCAAGACCCCCAAGGAGGCCAUUGAGGGCACCUACAUUGACAAGAAGUGCCCAUUCACUGGCAAUGUGUCCAUCCGUGGCCGCAUCCUUUCAGGCAUUGUCAGGUCUACAAAGAUGAACAGGACGAUCAUCGUGAGGAGGAACUAUGCCCACUACAUCAAGAAGUAUGCUCGGUAUGAGAAGAGGCACACCAACAUCGCAGUGCACCUCUCGCCCUGCUUCAGAGUGCACGACGGCGACACAGUCAUCUUUGGACAGUGCAGGCCGCUGUCAAAGACUGUGCGCUUCAAUGUGCUGCGUGUCAUCCCCGCCGGAUCUUCCUCCAAGAAGGGAUUCACCGGUUUCUGAGCGGCUGGCUCCGCGCUAACGCAGAAGGUUCACAGCAGCACUUUGAUAUCUCCCAGCCAAGGGCUGCUUCUGCUUGUGUUGGAUCCCUGGAGGGACUGAGGCGACCAGCAUGCUUGCAGGCAGAAUUGUAGCAAAAAGUGCAUGUGUGUGUUAGUGCUAUGUGGGACAGAAGGGCCUGCUGUGCACAGAUUUACUUUGAACUGUGUACCCUCGUCAUAUUGCCGGAGUUCAGUGCUUUGUAAAGCUGCAACGGG